UGCCCCAUCGUUGGUGUCAGUGGGGGGAGGAAUAGUGCCCCAUCGUUGGUGUCAGUGGGGGGAGGAAAUAGUGCCCCAUCGUUGGUGUCAGUGGGGGGAGGAAUAGUGCCCCAUCGUUGGUGUCAGUGGGGGGAGGAAUAGUGCCCCAUCGU